AUGAUGCACCAGUCCAAUCUGCUCAAGGGACUCCCCUUGUUGGCGGUGGCAGCCCUGGCCGUGGACUAUCCUACUCUGCCUAAUGACCUGACCACCCCGUACCAGCAGCGACUGGCUAUCAUGGGGCCCACAUCGGUCUCAAUUGGAUGGAACACCUAUGAGAAGCUGAACUCGAGCUGUGUCGAAUACGGCACCUCCAGCAGUGACUUGAGCCAGCAGGCCUGCUCGACCAAGUCGACGACCUAUUCCACCUCGCGCACUUACUCCAAUGCUGUAACUCUGACGGGCCUUACGCCGGCCACCACCUACUACUACAAGAUUGUGUCUGGCAAUUCCACGGUGGAGCAGUUCCUCAGCCCCCGGACCCCUGGGGACAAAACCCCCUUCAAUUUCGAUGUCGUGAUCGACCUGGGAGUAUACGGGGCUGAUGGCUACACCAUCUCCAGCGACUCCUCCACGAGCAAGCGAGAGACGCCGUACGUCGAGCCCGACCUCAACCACACCACCAUCAAACGAUUGGCCGACACAUUCGACGACUACGAGCUCGUCAUUCACCCCGGCGACUUUGCCUACGCCGACGACUGGUAUCUGAAGCUGAAGAACCUGCUGGACGGCAAGGACGCCUAUCAAGCCAUUCUGGAGCAGUUCUACGACCAGCUCGCUCCGAUUGCCGCCGGCAAGCCCUACAUGGUCAGUCCGGGGAACCACGAAGCCGACUGCGAUGAGCUGUCGUUGCUCAUCGAUCUCUGCCCGGAGGGGCAACGCAACUUCACCGACUUCAUGCACCGGUUUGACGAGACGAUGCCGUCGGCCUUCGCCUCGUCCUCCACCAACACGACCGUACAAACCCUGGCUGCGACCGCGCGCACGCUCUCCAACCCCCCGUUCUGGUAUUCGUUCGAGUACGGCAUGGUGCACUUCACCAUGAUCGAUACCGAGACCGACUUCACCGACGCCCCGGAUGGCCCGGAUGGCUCUGCCGGGCUGGAUGGCGGCCCCUUCGGCCAAGCCCAACAGCAGCUGGAGUUUCUGGAAGCGGACCUGGCCAGUGUCGACCGCAGCGUGACCCCGUGGGUGAUCGUGGCGGGUCACCGACCGUGGUAUUCCACGGGCGGCUCGAGCAACAUCUGCGACGCGUGCCAGGAGGCCUUCGAGGAGCUCCUGUACAAGUACGGGGUGGAUCUGGGGGUGUUCGGCCACGUGCACAACUCGCAGCGCUUCCAGCCCGUCUACAACGGCACCGCGGAUGUCAAUGGGCUGAAUGACCCGGCGGCGCCCAUGUACAUCGUCGCCGGUGGAGCGGGCAAUAUCGAGGGCUUGAGCUCGGUCGGAUCCGAGCCCUCGUAUACGGCGUUUGUCUACGCCGAUGACUACAGUUACAGCACCGUGCGGGUGCUGAACGAGACGCAUCUGCAGGUGGACUUCAUUCGAUCGGAGACGGGCGCAGUUCUGGACUCAAGUGUGUUGUACAAGAGUCAUACGGAGCAGUUUGUGGUGCAGUAG